AUGGUCACCAAUGUUGAGCCUCAAGAAGAUGCUGAAAGGCCGUUGCUCGCCGAUUCUCCAGAACCAAGCUAUGAAGCCGUAGCAGCGCCCACGAGCGCGUCGGUUGUAGCCCCUCGCGCCACGUUCAGGCGGAAUCUGGGGGCCAUGGAAGCAUUUUGCAUCGUCAUUAGUAUUGUCAUCGGAAGUGGAGUCUUCACAUCUCCUGGCGCUAUUGAUACGAACGUUCCAUCACCCGGCGCUGCUCUCAUUGUGUGGCUUGUGGGAGGGCUGCUGGCUUGGACGGGGGCGACAACGAUGGCCGAACUCGGCACAGCAAUUUCCGGUGAAGGGGGCGUCCAGCCGUAUCUGCAGUAUGCCUUUGGCGACAUCCUUGGCUUCCUCGCUGCAUGGACUUGGAUCAUCGCCGUGAUGCCGGCGACGCUCGCCAUCCUCAGCAUUGUUUUUAUUGAAAGCAUCUACUCUGCCGCGGGGAUAACUAACCAGGCCGCUUCGAUCCAACACAAGCUUCUCUCCAUUCUGGUGUUGAUCGCGAUUGGUGUAGCCAACUCGAUUAGCACAAAAGUUAGCACACGGUUGAGCAGUUUCUUUGUGACGACGAAAUUUGCUACAAUUACUGGCAUCGUGCUUGCAGGCCUUCUGGUAGUGCUUGUCCAUUUGUCAAGCACGCACUGGGACGGGCCAGCAACGGAUUGGUAUACCAAGUCGUGGUUUGGCUACCGGGACUCCUUGACUCCGGACGGAAAAGAGAUUCAUUGGAGCGACCUGGCUGGGUGGGAAAUGCUCGGUCACUAUUCAGCUGCCCUUUAUGGUGCCUUGUGGGCUUACUCGGGCUGGGACAAAGCAGAGUUGUCUGCGCCAGCUUCUCAGCUUCCCCUCGCCAUUAAUAUGGCGGUUCCCAUCGUCAUUCUUUGCUUCAUCGCGGCUAAUACCGCGUACUACAUUCUUCUUCCAUGGAGCGUGGUUUCAACAACGGAUAGCGUUGCCGUGACUGCUAUUACCCAUCUCUUAGGUCCGGUAGCGGGCGUUAUCGCAGCAGCCUUGAUCUGCCUUGUCGUAACCGGGUCCUUGCUGGGGAAUUCGUUUGUCGCUGGUCGCAUGAUCGUUGCAGCGUCGAAUUCCAACUGGCUGCCGAGAUUUCUAGGAAUUCUCGGACGAUUGGGCGCUACAUCUACUCAGAAUAGUGCCUUUGCACUUCCAUCCGAUUUAAGUGCUCCGAGCGGUAAAUCGGAUGCACCGAUCAAUGCGAUUGUCUUGUCUACCGCGCUUCCUAUCUUCUACAUUCUCUUUGGGGAUUUUCGCGCCCUCCUGACCUUUAAUGGAUUGGGGGAGUACACGUUCUUCCUAUUGACGGUCCUCGGAGCGAUCAUCUUGCGAUUUCGCGAACCAGAUUUGCACCGUCCGUACAAGCCCUCUAUUAUCAUUCCCAUUACCUUUGCCAUAGUUAGUGGGUUUGUGGUGAUCCGAGGGGCCAUUUUCGCCCCUGUACAAGCUUUAGUUCUGCUCUCACUGUGGAUUAUCGGAGUGGGAUAUUAUGAGGUCCGGAAAAGAUGGGCAGUGAGCCAAAAUGCAUGA